AUGGCAGCCCUCCUGCUCCUCGGGACCAUCCUACUCAUGGCCUCGACCGCAGGGGGCGCUGGGGUGCGUGGCGGCGAGGGCCCCGGGGGCAGCACGGCCUAUGUAGUGUGUGGGGUCAUCAGCUUCGCCCUGGCUGUAGGCGUCGGCGCGAAAGUGGCCUUCAGCAAGGCGUCCCGUGCGCCUAGGGCGCACCGGGAGAUCAACGUGCCCAGGGCUCUGGUGGACAUUCUGAGGCAUCAGGCAGGGCCUGGGACUCGUCCAGACCGGGCACGAAGCAGCUCCUUGACCCCAGGGGUCGGAGUUCCCGACAGCAUGACCCCCAGGACGCCCAAGAACCUCUACAACACCGUGAAGCCCUCCAAUCUUGAUAACCUGCACCACAACUAUCUGCACCUCAAUGUCAACAGCCCCAAGCACCAUGCCACCACGCUGGACUGGAGGGCCGCUCCGCCACCCAGCCCCUCCUUGCACUACUCCACGCUGUCCUGCUCUCGUUCCUUCCACAACCUCUCGCAUCUUCCCCCAUCCUAUGAGGCCGCCAUGAAAUCCGAACUCAACCGCUACUCCUCCCUCAAAAGGCUAGCGGAGAAGGACCUGGAUGAGGCCUACCUGAAGCACCGGCACCUGGGGGAGAUGCCCCGCGGGACGCUGCCCCUGCACACGCUGCGGCGACCUGGCACAGGGGGUGGCUACCGCAUGGAUGCCUGGGGCGGCCCCGAGGAACUUGGCCUGGCCCCCACUCCCAACCCACGGCGGGUCAUGUCCCAGGAGCACCUGCUGGGCGACGGGGGCCGGUCGCGCUACGAGUUCACGCUGCCCCGUGCGCGCCUUGUGUCGCAGGAGCACCUGCUCCUGUCCUCUCCCGAGGCCCUGCGCCAGAGCCGAGAGCACCUGCUGUCUCCCCCACGCAGCCCCGCGCUGCCCCCUGAGCCUGCCUCUCGCGCUGGCCUGGCCGCCUCCCACUCUAACCUGCUGCUGGGGCCCGGGGGCCCCCCCACGCCACUGCACGGGCUGCCUCCACCGCCCGGCCUGCACGCACACCACCGCCAUGCCCUGCACGGCUCACCACAGCUCGCUUGGAUGGCGGACGGUGGUGGGGGCGGGGGCACCCUGGCCCGGAGGCCGCCCUUCCAGCGCCAGGGCACGCUGGAGCAGCUGCAGUUCAUCCCCGGCCAUCACCUGCCCCAACACCUGCGCACCGCCAGCAAGAAUGAGGUGACUGUCUGAGGCCGGGCCGGGGCUUGAGAGCUGCGGCCUCGUGGGCUCCAGACUGGAUCCCCUGACACAUUUUAGGGGCCCGGGACCCAGAUUGGCCUGUGGCCCAGGGGGCUGCUUCUGAGGACAUCCACUGCUUUGGAUGAAAUAGUCACUGGAGACAAAACCUCCUCUGAGAAUGUCACAGCAGAUAAGAUCCCUCCUGUGGCACUGUUUGAGGCCAGGCCUUCUUCCCAUGACGUCAUCACAGAGGAAGAGGCCCACCCCUGAGGUUAUCACUAGAGGCCAUGUCUGUUCCAUGAUGUCAUCACAAAGACUCCCUUCUUGUGAUGUCAUAGGAGAGACAACGCUUUGUCCUAUGACAUCAUCCCUAGAGACAAAGAUUCCUGUGAUAUCUCUGCAGAAAGUCUCGCCCUUACAAAGUCAUCUCUGGCCCCACAAGGCCUCUUUUGACAUCCUCAUCACCAGGAAAAUGUUUUCCUCCAGAGAAGAUGCCUCUAUGAUGUUGUCGCUACAGACAAAGCCAUCUUGCUAGGACACAUCACCGGAGAAAAUGCCUCACCAAGUGUGUCCUUGCUAGACAUAAGGCCUCCUUUGCAUGACAUCAUCACAGGAACUCUGCCUCCUUCCUAUGAUGCCAUUGCCAGAAAAGGUGCCUUGCUCUAUGACAUCGUCAGAGGGACUAUGCCUCUUCCAGGGAGACCAUCACCAAAGGUGAGAGCCCUUCUGUGUUGUCACCACCGAACUCUGCCUGCUCUGAGAUGAUGCCAUAAGACACCUCACUGCUGCUGCCACACCACGAGAAGGCAUGGCAUGCCCAGAGUCCACGAGAAAGUGCCCCAUCGUGAUGUCGCCUGAGGGAUAUGAUCACUGGGGAGGCUGCACUGUCUGGAAAGGUCUCCCCAAGGGUGACGGUCCGUCUGUAGGUCAUUGGCAAACUCCCUACCCUUGUCCAAGGCUCUACCCCAAUGCGGUGAUGUCAUCACCAGAGAAACUGCCUACUCUGGUGAGCCAUCACUUGUGAUGGUGUCAUUAGUUUCUGCCUUGUCCCACCAUAACUUAGCUUAGUUGCUUCUUCCCCUGACCCCAGGGACAUGCCCUGUAGGAUCUCUGCCAGAAGCUCCCUCUACAGGAAGGUUGGGCCUCUGCACAGGUCCCACCCCUGUGCAGUGAUGUCACCUCCUGUAUGAUUCCUGGAGGACAGCACUCUCAGACUGGCUUCUGCUUUCAAGGAGGCUACCCUGGCCACCAGCCUCUUGGAAUCCUUGGACUUGUACGUGCCCCAAAGGCCAGAACCACUUCUCUCUACUGUAACUAGAGACAUCAUCGCCUCUGUCAACAAUGUCCUGGCCUCCUGUUGGGGUGGGGGAGGGUGGGGUAUGCCUGCUAUUGGUCUUGCUGAUGACAUCAUCAAUGCCACGACUUCCACCACUCAUGAUGGCAUUGCACUUGGAGUCAAAUGCUAACCACUCCUGAUGAUGACAUCAUUUCCAGGAUUCUCUAUGACCUACAGUGUCUUCAUCUCCCAGGAUCUACCACAACUACGGUAUCAUCCUCUUCUGGAAUUUACCAUGACUAUAGGGUCACCUUCUCCCAAAGUUCCUCAUAGCUAGUUGUGUUGCCAUCUUCCAUGAUUCUCCACAACCAUGGUGUCAUCUCCCAGGACCCACCACAACCAUUGUAUCAUCAUCCCCCAGGAUUCAUCAUAGCUGACAUUGUUGUCAUCUCCCAGAAUUCACCAUGAUCAAUGAUGUCAUUACCUUCCCAAUUCCACUGUGACUGAUGGUAACAUCCUCCACCAGGAUUCACUAGGACUGAUGAUGCCACCUUUUCCAUUGUCCCCUAUAAUCGUGGUGUCAUCAACUUGCAGGAUCCAUUUCAAUCAUAAUGUCUUCAUGCCCCAGGAUCCACCAUAGCCAUAGUGUCACCACCUCCCAGGAUCCACUUCAGCCAUGAUAACACUACCCCCCAGCAUCCACGAAAGUCAGUAGUGUCCUAGGACCCAGAAUACCCAAUUGUGUCAUCAUCUCCCAGGGUCCACUUCAACCAUGAUAUCAUCUACUAGGAGCCACCAUAAUCGUGCAUCACCUCUAGGAUCCAGGACACCCAAUAGUGUCAUCACCUCCUAGGAUCUAUUUCAACCAUGGUGUCCUACCAGGCUCUACCAUAACUAUGAUAUCUUCCAUGAUUCAGGACACCCAAUAGUGUCAUCAUCUCCUAGGAUCCAUGAUAUUCUUUUGUGUCAUCAACUCCCAGGAUCCGUUUCAACCAUGGUGUCAUCAUCUACUGAGAUCCACCAUAACCAUGGCAUCAUCUCCCAGGAUCCAUGACACCCAAUAAUGUCAUCACUUCCCAGGAUCCAUUUCAAUGAUGGUGUCAUCUGCCAGGAACCACCAUAACCAUGAUAUCACCAUCUCCCAGGAUCCAUAACAUGCAAUUGUAUCAUUAUCUACCAGGAUCCAGGAUACCCAAUGGUGUGGUCAUCUACCAGGAUCCAUUUCAGUCAUGUAUCAUCUUUCAGGAUCCAUCAUCUUGGGAGCCAAGUACCACAACAGCUGUAUUAUAAUUGUCUUCUGUGGUCACAUGGCAACUACAGUUGUUCCUUUAAGGGAAUCCAGCACAAUACAUACCAUUUUCCCAUUGUCUCAAAAAUGGAGUAGAAUGGGGCCCCCUCUGAUGACACUGUCCCCACUCUGGCCCUUCUUGAUGAUGUCACUGCCUCACUCCCGACUUAGGCUGAUGCCUCCAUCAAUCCCACCACAAUCUUGACCUUGGCCAGCCCCUACCCACCCCCUGGUGAGAGCAUCUAGGCCCCUCCUGAUAACUCACUGCCCUUCACCCAAGCAUCUGAUAACUGGACAGGGUCAACAUGGAGACCUCUUAUCACCACCAAAGCGGGGCUUUCCUGUCCUCUGGUGACAUCACUGCCCUUUGCCCAAUCCCUGUUACCUGGACCUCCACCUAGAGCAGCACUCUAUUGGCUUGGGCCAAACUCUCCUCAGACUCCUGUGGGUGUGGCCAACAGCCGAUGACAUCCCUGGGACCUUUGAUCACAUCCUCUGCUGGCUAGCUCCUGGGGUAGGCACACCUGGAAAGCCACACCACUGCCAACUGCAUCUGUGGGGAGGGGAAUCCCCUGCAUCAUCCCAAGAAUCAGAUGCAGCAUUCUCCUCUCAUUUCCCCCUCACACUGGGGAGUCUCCAACACCCAGUGCACAAUUUGCCCCCAGUUCUCUUUGUACAUAGCCAUGAUGUUGGGGGCGGCCAUUCCCCCACUCUGAAAGGGCUACAUGCCCCCUCCCCCAGCCCCCAGGGCAAGAGGGAGGGGCUUCUUCUCCUUCCUUUGGGCCGUCCCCCUCCCUCUUCUGUUUCUCCCACCCUGAAUACUGGCACCUCAGUUCAUCCCUACGCAGCCCUCAGCUCCCACAAACACCAGAGAAUGCAAGUGGGGGCUUAUGCCCAUCUACCUGGGCCCCAGUGCCUGUGUUCAAUUCCAUGCGUACAGCUGCUCCUGUGGGCUCCCUCCACCCCUUCUAGGGCCACCUCAUGCCCAGUGUCCCUGGGGCAGAUUGUGACUUCCCCAAAAGGAGCUAGCUUGAGCACCUGCCCUUUCCAGACCCUGCUUCUCUGCUCAGUACCCCUACAGAGCACUCAGCUUUCUCCAACCCUGAGAUAGGGGGCUUGGAGUCUUUCAGCUUUUGUAUGCCUCACUCAACUUGCUUUCUUCCAGCCUGGAUUCCAGGUAUCUCUCACACACCCCUCCCCUACUCACUAGGCACAGGCUGCCUGACCCUGAGGCCUUGACCUCUUAUCUCAAAUAAGCCAUAGUGGGGAGAGGUCUUGAGGAGAUAAGAAAGUGGGCAUGUCUUGCCAGACUCCCUGGAUGCUUUCGGAGCUGGAACCCCUCCACCUGAGACUUGCCCUUCACCCUCCAUAAACACACACACACACACACACACACACCCACACACACACACUUGCCCUUCUGGUCAUUGGCAGUGGGGGUGGUGCAGAGACAAGAGAAACAGCUUUGGACCCGCAGCCCCUCCCCCGUUCUGCCUCCCUCCUUAUCCCCCCAGUUCCUUGGU